AUGCCUCUGGUGUCUGAAAGUCGGAGUUGGGUUAGGCGGGGAGGGGUCUACAAUUGUGCGAUUCCGUUGGGCGGUCUCACUCCCGCUCGGUCCAACCACGGCACGACUGGGCACAUUCGCCCCCCCCAGAAGCUCCGGCGCGGACAGCUCAGGCCAACCUCAAUUGGACGAUACACGCAGUUGUCACGAGCGGAAGGGGAGGGGGCCGACGGGAGACGACCUUCGGACAGGCCAGCUCUGUCUGUCCUCGGUCAAGUGGACGAGGAGUGGAGUCUUGGCAACCCGAUGCAGAUGAUGCCUUGUGCCAUGACAACCGAC